UCGCCGUCGGUGGAUCUCCGGCAGCGCAAGGCAGCAUCGAUUUGAACAUCGAACCUGCAGCCAUGCGCAACACCACGAAUAAUCUUACACCACAUCGCUCUACAGUCCUUCCGAUGCGUCUAUCUCUAUGAAGCUUGCGAUGCACAGCCGUCCGUCGGUCAAUUGCCUCCAUACCUCCCCGCGACCAUCCGAAACGCUCUCGUAACCAAAUAUGUCUCUCACGCUCAAGGUCACAUCACUGUUCGUCAGAACGCUUGCAAAGCCUGUAGCAAAUGCCAUCAAGCGCAAUGCCCACGAACACGAUCGAUUUCGCCGGAUAUGCGUCAAAUUCGCCCAAGGUCUGCAUCGCGUCGAUAUGCGCAUGCGCCUCGGCCUCCUCCAGGAUCCUGCUGUUAUCGACAGACAGAUUAAGAAGGAAGUCCAGUUAGCAGAAGCCGCGCGGAAAAAAGCAGCUGCCCCCACGGUCCUUACCGAAGAGGAGAUGAAAGCGGAAGAAGCGCUCACGGAGAAGGAACGCGAAGCAAUCAAGAAGAAGACUGAAGAGAGAAUCAAGCCGCGUAUCCGACCUUUAUCCGAGCAAAAAGCCAUCGAGAUGGGCGCCAAUUUCGCUGCCGAGACCUUCAUAUUCGCUGUUGGAAUUGCUGUAAUCCUCGUCGAGCAAUGGAGGCAAAGAAGGAAGGCACGGAAUGCCAGAGACGAUAUAAGAGAAGAUUUAGAGGAGGUGCAGGCUGAGCUCAAAGCAGUCAAGGCAGAAUUUGAGGAGUUCAAAGCGAAGCACCCGGAGCCCGCAUCCUCAAAGUUACUAGGGUUCUUCACGGGCAGUGGGAAGAAGGAAGACAAGAAGCCUGAAGCCGUGAGCGCCGAAGCGAAGCCAGCACAUGUCGAGGCUCAACCGGAUGCUGCCCAAUGGACGAAUGCUACAUCUGCAACGCACGAGCAGUCGCCAGCCGAUAAGCCCUCACAACAUAAGGAUCUAGGGAUGUACACUCGGGAAGCGUAGAUGUGUACAUCUUACGGGCAUACAUUCUCUAGGCUCGGCUCAUGGUUAUACCAUGUUGAGAGCGUUAUCUGGAUACACUCCUCUCAUAUACCCAACACAAUCAUAGAAGCAUGAAGUUUUCCAUUACCGUGUCGCGACCCCACGAUCUUCUGUGUUCAGCCUCUUAUCCUAAUUUGACGUUUUGUU